AUGUUCCCUGGGCGGUUAGUCUCUCUAAGAGGAGACAUAGGCUGGCCAGCACGGUCUCAAGAUUUAAGCAUGUGUGAUUUUUUCCUCUGGGGCUAUCUUAAGGAUAAGGUUUUCAGACAUCGCCCACAUACCAUAGAAGACCUUAAACAGAAAAUCACCGAGGAAAUCGAAGCCAUACCAGUCGAAACGUGCCGAAAAUCAUAUGAGAGCUUCAGAGAUCGUCUACAACAGUGUAUUGGUGCUGAUGGCCGCCAUAUUCGAGAUAUAAUUUUCAAACAAUAA